UCACUGAUGAGGGGGAGCCUGAAAGCCUUAAAGAGGUCUUGUCACAUCCAGACAAAGACCAUUGGCUGAAGGCUAUGCAAGAGGAGAUGAAUUCUUUGAAGAAGAAUCAAACAUAUGACUUGGUGAAGCGUCCAAAAGGGAAGAAAGUAUUGAAGAGCAGGUGGUUGUUCAAGAACAAGAAAGAUGGCCAUAAGCUAGUGAGACGGAAGGCAAGACUGGUGGUGAAGGGAUGCCAUCAGAAGAAAGGCAUCGACUACGAUGAAAUUUUUGCUCCAGUGGUGAAGAUGACUUCCAUUCGCAUGAUUUUGGGACUAGCGGCUUGUUUGGAUCUUGAGCUUGAGCAGCUUGAUGUAAAAACUGCAUUUUUACAUGGUGAUUUGGAUGAUGAAAUUUACAUGGAGCAGCCGGAAGGAUUUGAAGUUAAAGGAAAAGAGAAUUUUGUUUGCAAGCUAAAAAAGAGUCUUUAUGGGCUUAAGCAAGCACCAAGGCAGUGGUACCAUAAGUUUGAUUCCUUCAUGAGUGGUAAUGGGUACAGGCGUACUACUGCAGAUCCUUGUGUGUAUUUUAGAAAGUUCUCUGAUGAUAACUUCAUUAUCCUUUGUUUGUAUGUUGAUGAUAUGUUGAUAGUGGGACAAGAUGUUGAGAUGAUUCGCAGGUUAAAAGAGGAUAUGUCAAAGUCCUUUGAAAUGAAAGAUUUGGGUCCUGGGAAGCAAAUUCUUGGCAUGGAAAUUGUUCGUGAUAGAAAAGCUGGUAAGCUUUGGCUGUCACAAGAGAAGUAUAUUGAACGGGUGCUUGAAAGGCCAGAUAUAGCACAUGCUGUUGGAUUGGUUAGCAGAUUCUUAGCUAAUCCAGGCAAGAUUCACUGGGAAGCUGUAAAGUGGAUCUUGAGAUAUUUGCGGGGCACCUCAAAACUGAGUUUGUGUUUUGGAGGCGGCGAGCCUAUUCUUGAGAGAUUUACAGAUGCUGACAUGGCUGGAGAUCUUGAUAACAGAAAGUCUACCUCAGGUUACUUGUUUACAUUUGCAGGGGGAGCCAUUUCAUGGCAAUCCAAGCUACAAAAGUGUGUAGCUUUGUCAACAACUGAGGCAGAGUAUAUAGCAGCAGUGGAAGCGGGCAAAGAGAUGAUUUGGUUGAAGCGUUUUCUUCAAGA